AUGGAUGAAGGCGUAAAAAAGUUGAUUAGUCAGAUGAAAGAGCAACAUGUGCGCGACACACAACUUAUGCAGGAUUUAAUUAAGCAGCUUGUUCCACAAAGAAUUUCACAGCCAGAGGAAAAGGGCCAGGAAUUCACUAUAGAAGCCCUUUCGUCAAGCAUCACAGAAUUCUGCUUUGACCCUGAAUCUAACCUAACUUUCGACAUGUGGUAUGCCAGAUACGAAGAUUUGUUCACCGUCGACGCUGCUAAAUUAGAUGACGCAGCUAAAGUCAGACUACUUUUGCGCAAACUUAACACAGUCGUACACAAUAAGUAUAUCAAUUAUAUAUUGCCUAAACAUCCUCGCGAUUUAACAUUUAAAGAGACAGUAGAAAAACUGAAGCAGCUUUUUGGACUACAAACAUCAUUGUUUAACAUUAGGUUCAAUUGUUUGCAACUAACAAAACCGCAUACGACCGAUUUCGUUACGUACGCUGGAACAGUAAAUAGACACUGCGAAAAUUUCAAGCUCAAAGAGCUGACAUUGGACCAAUUUAAAUGCUUAGUUUUCGUAAUGGGCCUGAAGUCUGAAGGAGACUUUGACAUACGAACCAAAAUGCUAAGUAAAUUGGAUACCGAUACCGCCCUCACCCUCGACGGGUUAUCUAAGGAGUGCCAGCGCCUCAUUAAUUUAAAAACAGAUACAAAAUUAAUUGAGAAUCCCAAAAACGAAGUGGUUGUUAAACGUUUACAUACUGGCAAUGCAAAAGCUAAGCAGGUACCAAAAACACCUUGCUGGUUUUGCGGCGGCAUGCAUUAUUCACGUGAAUGCUCAUAUAGUAAACAUAAAUGCGAACAGUGCAAAGAAACGGGUCACAAGGAGGGCUACUGUCACUCAAAGAAGAGUGUGCAAAGAAAAAAACAAAAGCACAACAAUAAAUUCAAAGCCUCACGGCCGCAAUCAAAAAGCAUUUGUGUUGUCAACCGAAUCAAUACGUCACUGCGAAAAUUUGUAAACAUCAGCAUUAACAACACAAAGCUAACCCUACAACUCGAUACCGCAUCUGAUAUCACAAUUAUAUCAGAACAAAAUUAUAAAAAGAUAAACACGUCAAACGGAGUCGAAGUCAAGGACACAGCCCGUAGCGCAACAAGGAAGCUGCCGCUUACUUUGCAGUUUCAGUGUAAGGUAACAUUCAAGCAGCAAGAAUUGGAACUUACAUGUUUCGUCACACCUGUCCGGGAUUUGAACGUGCUGGGACUGGAUUGGAUCACUGCUCUUGGUCUCGAAAACAUGUCCAUCAACGCAAUCUGCAACCAUGUGAAAGCAGAACCAUUGGGAAGUGAAGUUACAAAUACAAAUAAGAACAUUUUACUUCUAAAGCAAUCUUUUCCAGAUGUAUUCGAAGAAAAACUGGGCCUGUGCAAGCACGCGAAAGCGCAUUUGGUGGUUGAGCCUGGGCGUUCUCCAAUUUUUCGUCCAAAACGACCAGUGGCUUACGCUAUUCAGCAUCUUGUCGAAGAGGAGUUACAAAGACUACAAGAUAUCAAUGUAAUAUCGCCAGUAUCCCACUCUGAGUGGGCUGCACCAAUAGUGGUCACGAAAAAGUCAAAUGGCAGCAUACGUAUUUGUGCCGACUUUUCAACCGGACUAAACGCUGCCCUCGAAGCAUACCAAUACCCUCUUCCUCUGCCAGAAGACAUAUUUUCAAAGCUCGCAAAUGCCAAGUUUUUUAGUCACAUUGAUCUGUCGGAUGCCUUUCUUCAAAUCGAAGUAGAUGACAAGUCAAAGGAGUUACUUACGAUAAACACGCAUUUGGGCCUAUUUCGAUAUAAUCGAAUGAUAUUCGGUAUUAAAACCUUCCCAGCCAUUUUCCAACAGGUAAUGGAUAAAAUGCUCUCUGGUCUGGACUGUGCAGCAGCAUAUAUAGAUGACAUUUUUGUUUCGGGAAGAAACGAACUUGAGCAUGAUCGUAAUUUACGCGAGGUUUUGCGAAGAAUCCAAGAUUAUGGAUUCAAAAUCAAAUUCGCAAAAUGUAAAUUUGCGGUGACCGAAGUUAAAUACUUAGGCUACAUUAUAAGUCCGGACGGACUUCGACCAUACCCGGAGCGCGUUUCAGCCAUCAAAGAUAUGCCAGAACCAACCAACGUUACCGAAUUGCGAUCAUUUCUGGGUGCAAUUAAUUUCUACGGCAAAUUUAUAAAUAAAAUGCGCCAGCUUAGAGGCCCAUUAGACGAACUUUUAAAGGCUAAUGUAAAGUGGCAAUGGACGUCUAUUCAGCGAAACUGCUUUAACAGCCUCAAGGACAUUCUCAGCUCAAAUUUGCUAUUAACGCACUACGACCCAAAUAAAGAAAUCAUCGUAGCUGCAGACGCAUCCAACUACGGUCUUGGUGCAUGUAUUCUCCAUGAAGGCCCUGAUGGUUCGAUAAAGGCAGUCUGUCACGCAUCACGAUCUCUUACACCUGCGGAAAAGGGGUACAGCCAAAUUGAAAAAGAAGGGCUCGCUCUGGUAUUCGCAGUCACCAAAUUCCACAAGAUGAUAUUCGGUAGAAGGUUCAAACUGCACACGGAUCAUAAGCCGUUACUCACGAUUUUUGGCAAAAAGACGGGUAUUUCGGCACAUCAGGCUAACCGUCUACAAAGAUGGGCGCUGCAGUUAUUAGCAUACGAUUUCGAGAUAAGCUUUAUCUCAACGAAUAGUUUCGGUUAUGCUGACGUUCUUUCACGCCUGAUCAAUAAAAGCAACAAAGCGUCGGAAGACUACGUCAUCGCCUCGGUAAAGUUUGAAGGCGAGAUCAAGAAAAUUCUAUCAGAUGCAAUAGACAAGCUACCAGUAACGCACAGCAUGAUAAAAUAUGAAACAGAGAAAGAUAAAACUCUCAAGCAAUUAUUAGAUUACAUUGAACAUGGCUGGGCAGACAAUGCAGAUAUCGGAGUAGAAUUAAAACAAUUCCGGUUGCGAAGCGACAACCUUAGCAUCAUUGAUGGGUGUAUUAUGUUGGGACAGCGUGUGGUAAUACCGGCAAUAUUACGUAAACGGAUUCUCAAGCAAAUUCACAAGGGACAUCCGGGAAUGGAGCGGACCAAAGCAAUUGCAAGAAGUUAUGUUAUUGGCCACACAUAG